AUGGAACAGAAGAGCCGUAUGUUGGUAGCACAAAACAUUUCCUCGUACAGUAUCAACACCCCGAGUUCCGAAGAGGACAUUGAAGAGGUACCCCGACACCCCGUACGAAGCGCCGCCGUAUUCCACUCCCGGGUCCCCGUCCAGCGCCGGCUUCACAUCGAGAAGACCUCCUACGCGGAGCCAUUUCACAUGAUGGAAAUUUCGACGUCGUUGGUAGAUUCAAGAAGGAGCAUGGACGGGUCCGAGAUCUCUUCCGCCUCGGCGUUGACUAUGGCGACUUCAGCCGGCUCCUCGACGACGGAUCCAUGGAGCUCGUCGGGUUUUGUGGAGGAAUGGGCAGAGGAUCGGGCGGACUUCAACUGGGAUGAGGAGGAUGGGCUGUUGCUGGUGCCCAAGCUGGAGCCCAUAGAAGACGAUGCGGUGGAUAUGGACAUGACGGAGUUCGAGCCGUUACCGGCGGUGAAAGAGUGCAUUGCGCCGCCAGAGUCGCCGUCCACGACGGUCCAAGCCAAGAGACCUCGUGGUCGCCCGCGGAAACAUCCCAAGCCGACGCCGGAGUCUCUCGCGAAAGUGUCCAAGGGAAGGUCGAAAACUGGCUGCAUAACCUGUCGGAAGAGGAAGAAGAAGUGUGACGAGACGAAACCUGGCUGCCUGAACUGCGAGAAGAACUCGGUCAAGUGUGAAGGCUACCCGGAGAAGACGAUAUGGAAGAGUGGCAAAGAGAGAGCUGAAGAAGCCCGUCAACGCCGGGCAAGCAGCAUGACUCUGUCCACCGUGCAACUGCCCUUCCUCAUCAACGGCCUGGAGACGGAAGGGGAUCGGAUCUUCCUGAGCCACUACAUCUCCCGUCUGAGCAUCAUCUUCACGCUGGAAGGGGAGCAGGACAGCGCCUUCAGAAACAUUCUGUUGCCCAUGGCCCAUCAGGACUCGGGCCUGAUGCACUCGAUCCUGGCGCUGUCGAGCAAACACAUCGACUACAGCUCCUCGUAUGGUCGGCAAAUCUUAGCCGACCAUCCAUCCGUCGACGUCCAAGCACUGGAGGAACGCUCCCUGUUCCAUCAGCAAGCCGCCAUCAACAAGAUGCUCGGUUCUCAAGCCGAUGCCCAGUCGGCCGGCACGCCCAAGGCCCCCUCCCCGGCCCUGUACGCCCAGAUGCUCUGUCUCGUGCUCGAAACGCUCUCCAACCCGGAACCGACGGGCCAGCACCGCAUCCACCUCGAGCACUACCAGCGCCUGAUCGAGGAGAACCCCCCCGACGAAGGCGAGCCCAUGAAGUUCAUCCACGAGUUCUUCCAGUACCACAUCCAGUGCGACCAGCUGAUCCACUACCCGGGCGACAGCGGGCAGCAGGACGCCUUCCCCGACGACUUCAACCUGCCCUCCACGAUGGUGCAGCCGUCGGCGGUGCGCAUGCUCGGCGUCUUCGACGGCCUCUUCCUCUACAUGUCCAAGAUCACCAACAUCCGGAACCAGAUCCGGCACAACCUCGACCACGGCAUCGAGCCGGUCCUCGACUACGCGAGCCUGCACGCCGCCGCCGAGAUCGACGCCGGCAUCCGCGAAUGGACGCCCGCCUGGCCCGCCGGCGACGCCCGCGACAACGCCGGCCUGCUGUACCGCCAGAUGAUGUGGAUCUACCUCUGGCGGAGCGUCUUCCCGCCGCAGAUCACGGGCUGGAAGCCCGACGAGCGCAUCACGUCGGCCGUCAACGCCGGCAUCGAGCUCCUCGCCAGCUUCGGCCCGCGCGACCCGAGCCAGACGCUGAUCCUGGCCCCGGCGUUCGUGAUCGGCUGCGCGUGUUUCGAGGAGGGGCAGCGCGAGCCGAUCCGCGCGGCUAUCCGGACCGUCAAGCAGUACAUGGAGUACCGGAACACGGACACGGCGCUGCUGGUGCUGGAGGAGGUGUGGCGGCUGAUGGACGCGCGGGAUGAGCGCAGCUGGGACUGGCAGGCGAUCGCCAAAGGGAUGGACAUGGAUUUCCUGGCGACGUGA